CAGUGGCGUCGCGACGUCACGAUGGGGCCCAAAACUCUUCUCGCGCUACUGCUCCUGAACUUGAUCCUGCCCUGCGUCCCUCAGAAAUGCCCCCCGAAAUGCCACUGCGUGGGCAACGCAGUCAGGUGCCUCCACCAGGACCUCAAAGCCAUCCCGAAGGCCCCAGCCGAAGCCCAUACUCUAGACCUUCGCUUCAAUCUCAUCUACGACAUAGCACCGGACAUCUUCAGCCAUCUCCACCGACUUCGCUCGCUGCUACUCAACGACAACAAGCUACGGGAGCUCCGUUCUGGAGUCUUCUACGGUCUACGGCGGCUGAAGUAUCUCUUCCUGUACAGGAACAGAAUCCAGCAUAUCGACUCCGACGUGUUCCAUGGCAUGGUGCAUUUGGAGCAGCUAUAUCUCCAUGUCAAUGAAAUUCAUCAGAUCGAGCCGGAAACAUUUUCGAACCUGCCGAGAUUGGAAAGGCUGUAUUUACACAACAAUAACCUAAAGACCAUACCGCCUGGUUCUUUCCGCGGUAACCCCAAGCUGCACAAGCUAAGAUUGGACAGCAACGCUCUGAUCUGCGACUGUUCUAUGCUCUGGUUUGUGCGCAUGUUGUCCGAACACCAGGACAUGAGUAUAGCGGCUACCUGCUAUGAACCGGAAAAAGCAACUGGAACGUCGCUAGCAGCAAUGAAGGAGAAAGAUUUCCACUGCCAACAUCCGGAGAUAAUGUCUGAUCCGACGGACGUGGUCAUCAAUUUUGGAGACAACGCGAUGUUCAGCUGCGCUGCUAGCGGGGAACCGGAACCGGAAAUUGUCUGGUACCGUGACUCCACCAUCCUUCCUACCGACUCUUCGCGAUAUGAAGUACUAAAUAAUGGAUCCCUUAUGGUUCACGAAGCUGACGAAAACGACGUUGGAGUAUUCGAAUGUACGGCCAAAAACCCCGCCGGUGAAGCGAGAUCCAAGCCAGCGAGAAUGAUCGUGCAAAGCAAACCCGAUGAAAAUGGUUACCCGGUAUUUACAAUUUUGCCGAGAAAACAAAUAGCGAAGGUUGAAGAACCGAUAGUUCACUUCGAUUGUGUCGCCCGAGGAAAUCCCCCACCUCACAUAUCUUGGUAUUUCAAUGGGGAGCGAAUUGUACUCACCGACAAAAUCUCGAUGUCUCACAAUGGAUCCAUAUUUAUUGAGAAUGUUCAAAACGAAGACGCCGGAACCUACACAUGUCAAGCGGAAAACAUCAACGGAAAAAUUUCAGCUACAGUUUCGCUGGAAGUGAUGGUUGCUCCUGCAUUUUUGACAGUUCCACAAGAUCAAACCGUUACUAUCGGGGACACGGCUCACUUUUACUGUAAAGCGAGGGGUGUACCAAAACCUAGCAUAACUUGGUAUAGAAAUACUAUGGUUCUACCCCCCAGCGAAAAUAUUGAGUUGAGUGAUGAAAAUCAAAACCUCACUAUCAUUGAAGUGUCUGAAGACGAUGAUGGUUUGUACCAUUGCAGGGCUGAAAACACGGAAGGGUUGACUGAAAUAUCAGCUGUACUUAAAGUGCAGCAACUUAUAAUUGGCCCACCGAAAAUAGUAGUACGGCCAGAAGACACUGAUGCAUUUAAAGAAACCCAAAUUCAACUACCUUGUGAAUUUGAAAGCGAUGAACCAGCAUCUAUUGAAUGGAGAAAGGAUGGCAAUCGUGUAGUACCAAGUAGACGAUUGAGUGUCACGCUUAUAGGAAGCUUAGUCAUAAACAACGUUUCUUUGACAGAUACUGGAAACUACGAAUGUUCAGUAUUCAAUGAGUACGGCAGAGACACGGCUUCAGUAUUUUUGACCGUGAAAGACCGCAUUUUACCCGGGGACGAAUAUGUAAAUAUUGCUUUGACAGAGGCAACUCGAGAUGUUGAUCAAGCUAUUGCCAGAACGAUAGACCAGUUGUUCAAUAAUUCGAAUGGUACAAAUAAUAUUAACGAUCUUUAUAGAAUUACGAGAUUCCCUAACGCUCCAGCGAGAGAAGUUGCAAGAGCGGCCGAAAUAUAUGAAAGAACCUUGGAUAAAGUUAAAGGUUUCAUACAGUCUGGCUUAAAAGUUACAUCCGUGGAGCCUUUCAAUUAUGAAAACAUUUUAUCACCACAACACUUAGAAGUUAUUGCGCGUUUGUCAGGCUGUGUGGCACAUAGAGAGUCUAGAGACUGCUCAGAUAUGUGCUAUCAUGGCAAGUACCGAAGCAUUGAUGGCAGUUGUAAUAAUUUUGACCAUCCCACAUGGGGUGCAUCACUCACAGGAUUUCGUCGUAUACUUUUUCCUAUAUACGAAAAUGGUUUCAGUCAACCAACCGGAUGGAAUAAAGAUAUUAAAUAUAACGGAUUCUCUUUACCAAGUGCGAGGCUGGUUUCAACCACCAUUAUAACCACUACUGAGAUAUCCGAGGACAUUAAAAUAACCCAUAUGACUAUGCAAUGGGGUCAAUGGCUUGAUCAUGAUUUGGACCACGCUCUUCCGUCUGUGAGUUCCCAAACUUGGGAUGGAGUUGAUUGUAAAAAGACUUGUGAUUAUGCUGCACCGUGUUUUCCGAUUGACGUACCAGAGAACGAUCCUAGGGUCACUAAUCGUCGUUGCAUUGAUUUUAUUCGUACUAGUUCCGUAUGUGGUUCUGGAAUGACAUCUACUCUUUUCGGUAAAAUUCAGCCCAGAGAACAAGUUAAUCAACUUACUUCCUAUAUUGAUGCAUCUCAAGUUUACGGAUUUGAAAAGGAAGUCGCUGAAGAUUUACGUGACUUGACCAACAGCAACGGAACACUACGAGUUGGAGCUGUGUUCCCUGGACGAAAACCUUUGCUGCCUACAAUAGGAAUUAACGGUAUGGAUUGCAGGCUUAAUUUACAAGAGAGCACACGAAGGUGUUUCGUUGCUGGAGACAUCAGAGCCAAUGAACAAGUUAGUUUGGCUGCUAUGCACACAAUAUGGAUGCGAGAACAUAAUAGAAUUGCAAAUCAAUUAAAAUCCUUUAACCCAUUCUGGGAUGGAGAUAGGGUAUAUCAGGAGGCAAGGAAAAUAGUUGGAGCCCAAAUGCAAGUGAUUACUUACAAGGACUGGCUGCCUCUCAUUCUAGGACCAGAGGGUUACGAGCAACUAGGAAAAUACAAAGAAUAUAAUCCGAAUAUAAAUCCAUCAAUUUCAAAUGUGUUCGCCACAGCCGGUUUGCGAUUCGGACAUUCUUUAAUUAAUCCGAUACUACACCGCUACGACGAAAAUUUCGAAGAAAUACCACAAGGCCAUUUACUGCUAAGAAAUGCAUUCUUUGCUCCUUGGAGAUUGGUAGAAGAAGGUGGCGUAGAUCCUUUAAUGAGAGGAAUGUUUACAACUCCAGCGAAAUUGAAGACAUCCACCCAAAACUUGAACUCAGAACUCACUGAGAAAUUAUUUUACGCUGUCCAUGCAGUUGCUCUCGAUCUUGCCGCUAUUAACAUCCAGCGAGGCCGUGACCAUGCCAUACCACCAUACACGAAGUGGAGGCAAGUGUGCAACAUGAGUGAGGUGAACGACUUUGACGACUUGGUUAACGAAAUUUCCGAUAAAUCUGUUAGAGAUAAACUUCAAAAGCUUUACGGAUCCGUACACAACAUUGAUGUUUGGGUUGGAGGAAUUUUGGAAGACCAAGUCGAUGGUGGAAAGGUCGGUCCUCUGUUUAGAUGCAUCCUUAUUGAGCAAUUUAAGCGAUUGCGAGACGGUGAUCGUUUCUGGUAUGAGAAUCCUUCAGUCUUCAAAGCGGACCAAUUGAAGCAGAUCCAGAAAACGAGCUUGGCGCGCGUUUUAUGCGAUAACGGCGACAACAUUGACACGAUCGGCGAGAACGUAUUCUUGCUACCCGAAGUACAGGACGGUCUUAUUUCAUGCGAAGACUUACCUUCGAUUGACCUCCGAUUUUGGACUGACUGCGAGUCUUGUAAUGUUGAUGACGAUUAUGACACUGAUAACAAUAGAGUUCGUCGUGAAACGAGGCGCCACAGCACUUCGGAAAAUAGUCGGCGAUUGAACGCUCUCACCAGGUCCCAAAAUGACUUAGAAGACACUAUUAUACUGCUAAAGAAACGCAUCGACAACCUCGAGAAAAAAUGCCAGAGAGAUUAAAAUGGACACAAAGGAUUCGGGAUUCCAUUAUAUUUUCUGCAAUUAAAUUAAUAGUAUAAGCGCUUCAGUGUUACAUAAAUCAAACAAAAUACAAAAAAAAUAUAUAAAAAAUUAUGGAAAUGAAAAAAAAUGUACUUACAUAAUUUUAGUACUUACUAUCUAUCUCUGUGGUCCAACUAAUU